AUGGACAGGACUGCAAUUGCCAACUAUGUCUUUCAAGAUGAACUGUUAUCCACAAGCCAUCAUGAGGCUCUCUCAAACUGCUUGAAUACCGCCAUAAACGACCCUUUCAUCAACAAAACCAACCUCCUUGCCUCGUUACCACUAUCUGCCGACACUGCUGUUGCAUCAUUACGGCUACUCACAUCGUUGCUCAACACAUUACCCGGAUCCUGGCCAACGUUUGAUCUCUCAUGUUGCUUUUCGAGGUUGUGGAAGCUUCUACCUGAAGAUGUAAAAGCUGGCAGAGAUACACAACACAAUGCCCUUCUGGACACCUUAACACAACAGAUGAAGAACACCUAUUCUGAUGUUCGCUCUUUACUACCCGAGCCGGAUACACCUGCGAUCUAUGGUGCUUCUUCUUCAAACCCCAUUACCCACCGAAGGCUACAUCAAUUUGUCAGAGAUUUCAGUUUACCCACCAAGCAGACUACUGGAACUAGAUCAGUUGUUGCAUUGGCUCUACCAAAUGGUCCCGUGCUAGGACUGGCUCUUCUGGCCACCGCAACAUACUACACAGCAGCCCCUGUGACAGUAGCCUCAGGACAGGAACAGUUUCAAAGUGAUGUUAUGCAAGCAGGAGCUAGCAUAGUCCUUGUUACACGGCCGGAUGUUCAGCGACUAGGACUGGACGGCUCUUGGGUGCGUGAGGCCGGUGUUGAAGUGAUCAUUGUUGAUCCUAAGGACGACGCAACAUUCGACAUGACUUACAGCAACGGCUCUCCCCUGGUCACCAGCUCGAAAUCUAAGCCUAAUGGAUCCGACGAUAUCGCUCUUGUGCUUUUCACAUCAGGCACUUCUGGUAAGAAGAAGGUCGUUCCUUACACUGUCCACACUAUCAUUUGCGGUGUAGGGUUCGUUAUCGAGUCCUGGGGAUUGACCAAGAACGAUAUUUGCAUCAACAUGAUGCCUCUCUUCCACGUUGGUGGCAUCGUCAGAAAUCUGUUCGCUCCCAUCAUGGCUGGUGGCUCCACAAUCUGCUGUCCAGCCUUUGACGCCAACUUGUUCUGGGAUGUCGUUGAAGACUUGCAACCGACUUGGUAUUAUGCCUCUCCUUCAAUGCACUCCGUUAUCCUUGAGGAAGGUCGCAACCGUCCAUCAGCCCUGGAGAACAGCAAGAUGAGGUUGAUUUGCAACGCCGCUGGUGGUCUCCUGCCCUCGCUUGCAUGCACACUACGAGACACUUUCAAGUGCAUCGUUCUUCCGAGUUACGGUAUGACAGAGUGUAUGCCUAUUUCAAGUCCACCUCUCGAUUAUCAACUCGACCGAUCUGGCACAUCCGGUGUCAGUGUCGGUCCGGAUAUGGCCAUUCUUGAUGGCAAUGACCGCAAACUCCCCAUUCACACAGUCGGCCGCAUUGCCGUUAGAGGUGCACCAGUCUUCGGUGGAUACCUGAAGGACAACGAUGUGUUGGACACUUCAUGUUUCACUGCCGAUGGCUGGUUCGACACUGGUGACAUGGGCUACUUGGAUGCCGAUGGCUACCUUUACGUCACUGGCAGAAGCAAGGAAGUCAUCAACAGAGGUGGUGAACUGAUCUCUCCAUUCGAGAUUGAAGAAGCCGUCGUCACCGCUGCCAAGCGUGAAGGUAACCCUCUCUUCGGUCGCGUCUCCGCCGCUCUGGCAUUCUCAAUGCCCCAUGAUGUGUUGCAGGAGGUUCCCGGUGUGGUCCUAGUCACCCCUCUUGGUGCCCGUCGUGCCGAUAUCAAGACAGUCCAAGAGGCCUUGAAGGACUCUUUGAGUCAGGUCAAGUGGCCUGCCUACGUUGUGUACAUGGAUGACCUUCCCAAGAACAACAACAAGGUGCUGCGUAUCAAGCUCGCAGAGCGUCUGGGCUUGGAGGAAAUCACUGACGAGACUCCUCUGGCGGAUCGCCAUUUCGAAGCAGCUUGCCCUCCGCCAAACACUCCUCUUAGCACACGCAUUGGAGGCUCAAUCUGUUCUUUCGAUGCAGCGUUUGUGUCUCGCAAGCUCUCGACCGUUUUCGGUUCAGAGAUCGACAUUGCUGUAAGAAAAGCAUCUCAUGAUGGAUACCCAGAAGCUUUCCUCGCUCCCCGCAAGAACUCUACUAUCACCCCAGUCAUGUCAAGCUACCCUAGCUUCGACUCACUUCUACGUGCCGAACUCGAUGGCUACCUCAUCCCCAGCAAGGUCCAUUGCCUCGAUGUUCCCCUGCCCAGAGAUAGAGAGGGCUCUAUCGACGAUGCUCAGCUGGAGACGCUAAUCGAGACCGACUCUGAUGAGAUCGCUGGAGACAUGACUCCAACUGAGGCCAAAAUUGCCGAAGUCUUCGUUCGCAUUCUCUCGUGCGCUGCUUCCGAGCUUACUCCCGAAUCAGACUUCUUUGCUUUGGGAGGUGACAGUCUUCGUGCUGGCCGUUUGUUGUCUGAACUCCGUAAAGAGUUCAAGGUUCGCUUGCCUAUCGAUCUUCUCUUCGUGCACAGCAAGAUCAGCGCAUUGGCCAAGAAUAUUGACGAAAUGCGUGGUCCUACUGAUGAGAAGCAUGCCGCUGCUGAAGCUGAGCAAAUUCCUGUCAACUACGGCUGCGAGAAGACUUACAGCUCCACCAACCCCAUUGUCCUCUUGAUCCAGCUUUUCCCUAUUGGUUUGCUGUACCCUAUGAAGCGUGCCUUGACUUGGACAUGCUUCAUGUACAUGCUCAGUGCUACCCGCGACUGGAUCACUGCGACUAGACUCAUCGGACGUCUUUUCAACCUGAUGCUCGCUCUUGGUGUCGCCAAGGCUGUAACUCUCGUCGUCUGUCCACUUCUUGCCAUCUGCCUCAAAUGGAUUAUCAUCGGUACUUACAAGGAAGGCAUGUAUCCCAUGUGGGGUCCUUACCACACGCGUUGGUGGGUCACCGACAAGAUCAUCACUAUCCUCGGAAAGGGUUUCUUCGGUUCAUCUGAGUUUGGCACCACUUUGUACUACCGUUUGAUGGGAGCAAAGAUUGGCAAGGGUGUCAAGAUUGCCAAGCGCGCCAUCAUUCGCGAGUACGAUCUCGUUACUCUCGAGGACGGAGCAAACUUGGACCAGUGCAUCUGCAGAGGCUUUGGCGCCGAGCAGAACACCAGCAUGUACCUCGGUCAUGUUCGUGUUGGCAAGGCAGCAAGUGUCGGUCUCUCCUCCAUCGUCGCUCCUGGAACCUCGGUGCCUGAUAAUGCAUGCAUUGGACCUAACUCAUCGAGCUGGGAAGCUGAUGAUGCCAGCGAAGAGUUCCGCGACUUGUCCGCUAGCAAGAUUCCUGGAGCCCACCCUAUUCUGUCUUUCCUGCUCAUCACUCCUAUCUCUUUGCUUGUCACUCUUUGCAAGAGCGGACCCUGGAUCGGUGGUCUAGUUGGUCUCGUGUUGACACAGCCCAAGCCUACUUCAGACAAGGUCAUGUCGAUCAUCCUGUGGUUUGCCGUGCCUCAUCGUAUCGGAUGGCAUUUCGCUGCAAAGAUCUUUGGUGCCGGUGCAGGCCCGCUCACGUGGUUCUUUGCCGUUUGGGUUCUCAAGAAGAUUUUGGAUUUGACCAUCGGUAAACUUACUCCGGGACCAGCCCAAUCCAGAUCGCAAGCCCAACGUUUCCGCAUGGCCGUGCUCAAGGCCGUUGCACCCCCCGCUGCAUUCCACAAGGUUACUGAACUGUUUGGUGGCCAUUAUGAGGCAACGUCAGUCCUUUAUCGUGCUAUGGGUGCCAAAGUCGGACAGCGGGUAUAUUGGCCUGGAACUGGUCCCUCGUUCCAGGACUUUGACCUCCUCGACAUCGGAAGCGACAUCGUAUUCGGCUCUCGCUCUCAUCUCGUCACAUCUGACGGUACUGGCAGUGACUACGUCCGUGUCCAGGAUGGUGCCAUGAUUUCUGAUCGUGUUGUGCUUCUGCCUGGUGUCACUGUCGGCAAGAAGAGUGUUCUCGGUAGCGGUGCUUUGACUCGUAGGAACAAGUACUAUGAGCAGGAGACGGUCUGGGUUGGAAGCAAGGCUGGCGAAGCUGUGUGCCUCAGCGGCAACAAGCGCUCUACCACCUCGGAUGCUGCCAACACCCAACACGGCAUGCCCAGCUUGAACAGCACUACCAAUUCUAGCAGCGUGACAUUGAGCGAGAAGGAUAAGGCCGAUAACGAGAAAGCAAUUCAAGAGGGUGUGCUGAGCAGUAGCUCGUCUAUGACCAUGGUCGAAAGAGAACAGGCAGCUGCGUCCUCUUCGCCUUUCGGUCGUGCCUUCUACGAAGGUCAAGCCCCCUACCACGUCUUCGGCCCUUGGACCAUCUUCCUCUACUCGACCUUCACUACCAUCUUCGUCUCUUUCUACUGGAACAUCUCUUCCAUCGGUGCCCUGCAACUUGUCGCCAAGCUCAUCAAAACAUCCGACCCUGUCCACAACCCUGAGACCCCCUACCGUCCAGUUCUUAUCUUCGCCCUCUUUGCCGCCUUCAUCGCCGUUCUCCAUACUGUUCAGGCAGUCCUCGCUCUUGCCAUCGUCGUCGCUGCCAAGUGGAUCCUUCUUGGUAGACGUCAGGUUGGUAACUAUGACUGGGACAAGAGCAGCUACUGCCAACGUUGGCAGUUGUUCCUCACGGUCGAGAAGCUGCGCCGUCAAUGCUAUGGUGGCGCUGGUGUCGUCGGUCUUCUCACUGGUACUCACUUCGCUGUCAUGUACUUCCGCGCUCUUGGUGCCACCAUCGGCAAGGACUGCUCCCUCUUCUCGGGUGGUCUGCCUUCGCUGAUGUUCACCGAGCCCGAUCUUCUCACUCUCGGUGACCGCGUUGCCGUCGACGAUGCAUCGCUGGUUUCGCACAUCAACUCUCGUGGUGUCUUCAACCUCAACCCCUUGGUUGUCGGUGACCGCAGUGACACUAUGCUGCUCGAACACACCCUUGUCAUGGCUGGUGAUGUCGUCGACGACGGUGUCACCUACCAAGGGUGGCCUGCAGAGGGCUUCGAGGGCCAUCGCGCACCUCUUCGCAACGGCCCAGUCACCAUGGUGGCUGAGGCUUAG